AUGAUGCGCAAAUACAUGAGCAAACGACAACGACCAUGUGACUUCUGCCGCUCCCGCAAGACCGCGUGUCGCAUUGAGGGAGCGCCGCCAUGUCGCUCGUGCCAGCUGCAUGCCAAGGAAUGCACCUUUGUCGAGGCCGCACGCCCGCGCAAGAAGCACCUCAGCGAGACGCUCGCCGAGUCUCCGACGGAUGAUCAUGACUUGGCUGGCAGUAGUGUCGAAGGUGUCGAUGAAGAGCCCGGCAUCGGCGGCUCUCUCCCUGGCGUGCCAGCUGCCAAUGAUGUAUCUUCACUUGCCGACCCCCCAAAUGCGACUAUGUUCCCCGAGAUGAACAUGCAGUUUCUCGACGACCUCGACAUGGCCGGCUCCGAAUACCAGUUCAUGUUCCGCACACCUCACAGCCCCGCGCCAAACGUCUCCAUCGCAGGCGACUUUUCUCCAGCUUCCCAAAGCCCGCCCACCUGGCUCCCGGCAGGCUCAUCGGACAUCCUCCUGGACGGGAUCGGCAACUUGAACCCCGAGACGUUGGGUCUCACCGGCGACAUGGAUCCUUAUCUGCUGCGGAGGUAUCAAACCGACGAACGCGGCACCUUCAAAUUCAAGCAGCUGGCUAUCCAUUCGGUCCACCAAGACCCUAUUCCCAUUCAAUUUCUCGUUUCCCAACCGGUACUCUUCGCGCGGAGUAGGGAGGAGGCCGGCCAUGAUGUCGUCCCUGACGCUCAACUGAAGGCGGAGCUGGAGAAAGAAAUAUCCGGGGCUAUGGGAAAGAGACUGAUUACUCUGUACCAGAAGUUUAUUGCGCCGCAUUUUCCCAUAUUUUCUACUCAGCUGCUCCCGGACCCUGCGUCCACGCCCUCCCACCUCCUUGCAGCCGUCUACUGCAUCACAUUUCCAUUUGCCAUGUACGACGAUCAGCUUUGCAUAGACUUGGCCUACAAUUCCCCCCCAUAUGAACCGCUGUCCCGCAUCAUUAAUACCGCACUGGCCGCCGACCUCCACUCUCCGAAUAUCGCCCUAGUUCAGACUCUGCUCCUGGUUGUUGGCCGCCCAUCCUCCAACCCCCUCGUCUCUGAUGCAUCGUAUCGAUGGUCCAUGCUAGGGACGCUUGUGGCCGCCGCUGUGAAUAUUGGACUACACCUGGAUCCGUCUGCUUGGAAGAUAUCCUCAAGUCAAAUUUCCCAGAGGCGCAGGCUCUCUUUUGCCAUAUACGUAAUCGACAAAUGGCUGGCCGCAAGUCUGGGAAGGCCGCCUUAUAUAAACGAUGCAAACUGGCUGGUUACAUCAUUGCGGGAGGGCGAUGAUCACUGUUCCGGCCUGUCAUCUGAACAAUGGGCUGACAUGCUCGAUUUCUCGUCGUUGACCUCCGUCUUGGCCUCGGCGCUUUCAAGUCUCUAUUCUCUACGAACUAUACAAUCUCUAGCCGACAAUCCGCAAGCAGGACUAGACAUCGCAAACAAGCUCAUGGAAGACCUGGAUCCUAAACACCGAGCCGAUUCCCAGCUGUCACAAACUAAUCCACCCUCGAUGCUAUGGACUAUUAUUAGCCAAGGUCACCACCAGACUGUUCUCCUGAUUCUUCGUUCCACCAUACGACCAUUCCUCAGCACUACGCCUGUCAACUCAUCAACAUAUGAGUCCAAAGAAACCUUACGAAUGCGCAUGAAGGACUGUCUCAUCAAUUUCUCCAGCUUCAUAAGCACCCUGAAGACUGAUGACGUCAAUGGAUUCUGGCCUCCGUGGUGCCAAUCCGCAUUUUCGUCCCUUUGUUUCACUCAACUCUUGAUGGCUGUAUCCUCACCAACCUACGACGAAGCAACAUCGUGGAUCCACAUUUUGCAGCAAACUCGUAGACAACUGCGACUCAAAUCGAGUUCUCUACCGGUGCUCCGCCUAGGUCUGCUCCGGAUCGACUCCAUAUUCUGGCGCGGAGUCGACAAGGUUCUGAAGCUGGAGCCACACGUCGCGGAUGCACUCAGGGCUUCGCAGGGCAGUUGA